AUGGAACUGGGUCGCGAUCCCGCUUAUUAUUCUGGCCCAGGAGCCUCCGGUGGAAGAUCGGGGUAUCCUGGCGGUGGCGGUUCCGCGUAUCCUGGCGGCGGUGGUGGUUCCGCGUAUCCUUCUCACGGCCUUUGGAGCGACGAGGAAGAUGAAGAAGACUACAUGGGGGAGGAAGGUGACGAAGGCGACGAUCUUCCGGACUCCAAGAAACGCAAGCGCGACCGCGGAAGCAACUGGAGCCUCGCGGAAGCGCUCUGGUUCGCGGAAGGCCUCAAAUCGCACCAGCAGAUGCAGGACAGCCUGGGAGAGAACGCGCUCAAGUGGGGGAAAGUCGAGCAGGGCAAGUACCUCGUUAAAUGGAUGGCUUCGGGCCGCGCUCCCGGCGGUGCGGUGUAUCAUCGGUCGGCGCAGUCCUGCAUCAGCCGCCAUUACAACACGAAGCUUCUCUUUCGAAAGAUUUUCCGCUGGCAGCGGCAGGUCCAGCAGGAGCAGCGCCGGAGGCUGCAGAUGGAAGGGCGCGCCCCUCCCCCCGGAGAUAACUCGCUGGACGCCGCAAAUCCCGGGUACUUUUGGCGGCUGAGCGUCGAGGAGCGCGAGGCGAUCGGUAUGCCGCCGCAUUUCCCGCGGGAGUUGUUCGACCAUAUGAUGGAGUGGAUGCCCAUUGCGGUGCAUGCGCGGCAGGAGCAAGAGCGGACGCAGCCGCAGCAACAGCCUGGUCAACGCGGGAUGCAGCAGCAGCAGCAACAGCCUGGUCAACUCGGUCAACGCGGUCAACGCGGGUCAACGAGCCAACCCCGCGGUGGCGCGGACGGGAAUCAGAGUGGAAUGUGGGAUGCCGGCACGAGCUCGGGAGGGAAUCUUGGAACUUCUAACCUGCCCGGCGGGAUGCCCUACGUCCCAUCAACUGCGGAGGAUCCUUAUCUCGUGGCUCUGCGCGACCAGGCGAGUCUUUUGCUGGGGCCGCCCGCGGGUCAAGCGGCGGGAGCUGGUGCAGGCGGGGAAGGUCUUGGCGCUGGAGCAGGGGACGAGGGGGACCCGUUGAUUUCGAGGUUGGCGGCGGCGACGGGGCCUGGCGCAAUGGGCGGCGGAAGGCACGGCAGUCAGGGAGACUUGCGCGGGGCUCCUGCGGCAACUGCCGGAAGGAGAGGACGUGGCCGCGGAAGAGGCGGCGGAAGGGGGCGCGGGGGAGGCGCAGCGUCCGCCAGCGGAUUCGGGUUUGCGGGCGGGCAAGAAGACGACCUGAUGACGUGGCGAGUCAACGACGGCGUGCUGUCUCGGCUUCCGGGGUCGUCGCGCGAGCCGCGCGCGGGCGGCGCGCUGGGGAACGACGCAAUGGUCCGCGCGGCGCACGUGAUUGCGGGCGCGAUGGGCAGGAGCGAGGACGCGCUCGCGAAGCGCCACAAGCUGGAAACGCGCGAGCGAGAGGCGCGGGAAAAGGCCCGGAAGGCAGAGGCGAACCAGCUAAAGACCUAUCGGAAUAGCGACCUGGGGCUUAAAAAGGAGAAGCUGAUGCUGCUGAAGCGACAGGUGGAGGCUCAGGAGAGGCUGGUGGUCCUGGAAAAGCGGCGGGAGAAGCGGGAGAAGCAGCAGGUGGCGGCGGUUACGGGGAUGGCGCAGGCGGUUGGCGCGGCUGCUGCAGCGGUGCAUGCGGUGGUGGCGGCCUCUGGGAAGAUUCCAGGCUUGGCAGGGCUGGAUAUCGAAGAGUUGGUUAAAUCGAGUGUGGAGAAGCUUAAAGCGAGUAUGGUUGUGGAGGAAGAAGAGGAGGAAGAUGAGAUUAUGGGGAUCGGUGGCGGUGGUGGUCUUGGUGGUUUUGUGGGGUUUGGUGGUGUUGGUGGGGGUGGUGUCGGUGCAGAGGAGCAGGAGGAUGGGGAGAAGGGAAUGGAAGGGUUUGGUGGAGCGGAGGGGGGAGAAGCGGAGAGGGAGCACGAGGAAGGGGGCAUGCGCGAAGUGGGUGCUGCGGUGGAUGCGGGGCAAGGGCAAGAGGCGGUGGGUGCAGGGGGUGGCGGAGAGGGAACAGAGGGAGCAGGAGGAGGAGAGGGAGGAGUGGUUGCUGAAGGGGUUGAAGGGGGGAAAGUAGAGGGUGGGGAGGUGGAGGGAGAAGGAGCGGAGGAGGCAGGAACAGGUAAGAAAAGUGAGGCUGGCGCGGGGGAAGGCGGUGCUGUGAAGGAGGGCGUUGCUGUGAGUGAGGGUGAUGAUGGGAUGAACGUGGAUGGGGGAGGGGAUGCAGGUAAGGAAGGGAAGGACGAGCAGACACUGGCGGGGGUGAAGGAUGAAGGGGCAGAGGGAGGAGAGGAAGGGAAGGUUGAGGAGGGAGAGGAGGGUGAGAAGGGGAAGGAGGAAGGGGUGCAAGAGAAGGGUGCAGGGGAAGGGAAGGAGGAGCAAGAGGAAAAGCUUGGCAGUGCAGGGAAGGAGGUUGUUGAGGGUAUGGAAGUUGACAGUGUGGUAACUGGUGGUGCAAAUGCUGCUGCUGCUGAUGCAAAUGCUGCCGAUGCUGAUGCAGAUGCAGCAGGUGAGGGUAAUGAUACGAAGCAAGGUGGUGAGACUGAAGCUAAGAAAGAGGCUGGAAAUGAGACUGUUGCGGCUGAGACCGGUGCGGCUGAGACCGGGGCGGUUGAGACUGGGAAUGGAGGGGAUGUGCCAUCAGCCGAGGCGGCUGACGGGGCUUCUGCUGGCGUGGCCAAGGAGGAGAGAGGGGGAGAUGAGAAUGUGGAAGAAGAUACAAAAGAGGGAGUGGCGGUGGGGGCAGAAGCAGGGAAGGAAGGUGAGAGUGAUGCGGUUGAUAAGGGUGGGGCUGGGGUUGAGGGGGAGGGUGAGGAGGCGUCGAAGGGAGGGGAUGGUGCUGCUGCAGGGGAGGCAGCAGGUGGGGGAGAGGGCGGAGUGGGAGGAGCAGAGGGUGCCAGUAAGGAAGGUGACAGUAAUGGAGGUGAAGGUGCUGCAGGGGAUGCCAUGGCAGUGGAUGGUGCAGCAGCAGGGAGCGAUGCAGCCGAGGCAAAGCCGUGA